UGCAAACGUGAUAUCAACGACACUAAAUAUAGCGUAGUGGGUUUCGUAGUGUGUUGACUCGUUUAAAGUCUUCCAUUCUCCCUAAUCACUCCUACAUUGUAACACCAUAAGAUGGCCCAGGGAUAUACAGCCAGAAACAACGGAUUUAGAGGACGUGCUCGACUCGACCCUUACGGAGAAGGAGAAUUUAAUGGUGUCUUUCGCGUGGGAGAAGCAGACAGAUACAAAGGAGCGCCUCCUGAGAUGAAGACUCCCCUCGUGGUCGGUGGUUAUUCCGUCGACUGUGAUAGAAAGAUCAUUCACGACCGCUCAAAGCUGAAGUUUCUCAACAAAGCAUUCUUACCGGAAGAACCAAUGGAUGUGGAACUUGACCUCAAGGAAGGUUUGGAAAAAGCUAUUGAUUACCAAGGGAAUUCACAAGAAAGUUUCGAAAAUCUUCUGCGGUGGGUUUUGAGGAACCAGCUUUCUUUGGUCCAUGAAAAGUCUUCUCAGAGGUUAUCAAUUGACAUCUUGUGCUUCCGAGGAACACUGAAAAAAAUUUGCGCAAGUCCUUACAAACCAAAUAAUCCCUGGACUAUAUAUGUUGCAGAGAUUAAGGGAUCGCUCUACAUCACCCCAGCAGUCUCGGAGACACAACCUCAUCCAGCGAACAAAACCAAUCUUUGGGGCAAUAAAUUCGAGCAGUACUUAAAGGGAGACCCAGACGACAUCUUGAAUGCAAACGAAGAGUAUCACUCCGUGUUGCAGCUGAGCGUCGGAGGUUUUUCGCUGCUCUACUCUCCCGAAAUCGACUGCGCCGACGCAGAUGCCUACCGGGAGGACCAUAAGGACAUGAGUGCUUUCGUGCUUAUCAAGUGUCUUAAAGAUUGUACAAGAACCACUUAUUAUUAUCAAAGGUUCAGACAAAGCGACUGGUGGCUGGACAACAUGCUAACCGGAAUCCCGCGCAUCAUCGUUGGAAAAUGCACAGGUGAUGGCGUUGUAAAUAGCAUGGAGCUCUUUAAGACAGAGGAUUUACCUGCACUGGCGGAGAAUGAAUGGGAUCCCGACGUCUAUAUAAACUUCUUGGUGAGUUUUAUCAAUUUCAUGAAGCAGAAAGUGGCAAAGGACACCACGGCUGUGUACAUGUUUGAACGCCGGGCUAGGGAUAAUAUCUACUGCUCAAAGCUGUCAGAACCAGCCAGUGCAUUUUUGCCCUCUUGGUAUACACAAAAGCUGCUUACCAAGACAAAUCUGACGAAGGAAACACCGAAGAUGCAAGUUAAACACGGAUAAUGUUGAAGUUGUAAGUCUGACUUGCCUAUUAUGGCGUGUUUAUGUGGGAAAUGUGUAUUUGUUUGGGUCUUUGUGAUUAGUUCCAGUUUUAAUGAUUUUGAUGUUAAAUAUAUGAAUACUCGUUUCAGAGAAUUGCUACUGUACUUAGAUAAUGAUGUAAUUACUUGUGAAUUAGAUCUUUAAAUAUCAAUUUCGUGUACCUUUUAAACUGCGAUAAGAUAUUGAUAUAAUACAUAAUCAGUGUGGCAUUGCAAUUAAUGUGUGAUAAGAUGAACAUGAUAUAUAGUUAGAUGUGUGACACUGUAAUCAGUGUUUAUAUUACCUGAAUAAUUUUGUUGCUAGCAUGAUAACACUAGCAUUAAUGUAAUCAUUAAUUUCAAACUAGUGUUCUGCCUUAAUAAAACUAACAUAAGCCUAGUUUGAUACAGAAUCUUGUGUCCAGCAAUUAUGUUAGUAAAUGUGAUUUAUUUCCCUGUCACUUAAACCAAUGUACUGUAAGCUAUCUUGGACACAACUGAUUGACUGGUACACAACCUCACAUCACUGCAAUUACUGUUUAAAUAAGAGCUGGACAGUCUAUAAAUGUGACAUGGUCUUUACCUACAAGCAGUGUCACUUCCCUCCAUGUUGGGGCUCCUUUCUUCUGUCCAAAAGCUGUGCACAAUAAAUAAAUAAAUGACUCAUUAUUACACCGAGUUUAAGGAAUUA